AUGGGUGUCCAAAGAAGAACGCGCAAAUUUGCGCAAACAAAAAGAGCAAUCACGCUCCGCGAUAAUCGCCUGUUUGUUUCCCCUUCCCUUGUUUUCAGUUACCAUACUAACCAGAUCCCUCUCUCCAGCAAAGAAAAUGACCAGAAAGAUAAGCCCAAACCCAAGGAUGAUGUGAUUCGAGAAGCGCCUCAAGCUCCUUCAUCUAUGUUCUUCCAGUACAACACUGCGCUUACACCUCCGUACUCCGUUCUCGUUGACACCAACUUCAUAUCCCAUACCAUUCAGCACAAGCUCGACAUUAUCCCCACCAUGAUGGACUGUCUGUAUGCGAAAUGUAUCCCUGUUAUUACGGACUGUGUCUUGGCAGAGUUAGAGAAGUUGGGCCAGAAAUACCGACUAGCCUUGCGGGUUGCUAAAGAUCCUCGGUUUGAGCGCAUCAAAUGUGAUCACAAAGGAACAUAUGCCGAUGAUUGCCUGGUGGAUCGUCUCAUAAAGCAUCGUGUGUAUAUUGUGGCAACCAACGAUCGUGACCUCAAGAGGCGAAUUCGAAAAAUUCCUGGUGCCCCUAUCAUGAGUGUCGCCCGUGGAAAAUAUGUCAUUGAAAGGUUGCCAGAUGCCCCCGAGAAGUGA